AUGACGCUGUCUUUACAAGUAAAUAAAAAUAAACAUAAACCAGGUUUUACCGUCUUGGGUGUUAGUCGUUCAGCGAAGUAUCACCUACUUAUAGAUAAACUAACUCCAUUUAUCAAAGUCAGGUGGUCUAUAACUCUUCUCUUUCUUGCCCUUUAUGUUCUCCGGAUAUACUAUAUUCAGGGAUUCCAUAUUAUAAGUUAUGCUCUCGCCAUUUACAUAUUAAGCUUGUUUAUUCAUUCAAUUUCGCCUCAAGUUGACCCAGAAUUCGCGGAGUUGCUGGACGAAACGCCAACACUUCCUAGGACUGAAGCCGAUGAAUUUAGGCCCUUCAUUCCGCGACUAGUAGAGGCGACCUUUUGGCAUUGCGCUACGAGGGCAAUCAUCAUAAGUCUCGUGUGUACAUUUAUCCCCUUUCUCGAUGUUCCUGUAUUUUGGCCGAUUCUCGUUGUGUAUUUCCUGGUCCUGUUUACGGUCAUGAUGAAAAGGCAAAUUAAACAUAUGAUUACCCACCGAUACGUUCCAUUCUCCUAUGGGAAACCGCGUCACUGUACCGGAAAGGUUAUCGUUUCCUAG